AAGAAAGGCCCUUUUAGAAUUAGGGUUCUCUAAUAUAAUCUUACAGAGACACAGAGCGAGCGAGCGAGAGAGAUAGAGAGAGAGAGGGUUAGAUCAGCAGGAGUCCAACAAUGGUGCAUGUCAACUUCUACCGUAACUAUGGGAAGACAUUUAAGAAGCCACGUCGUCCCUAUGAGAAGGAACGAUUAGAUGCUGAAUUGAAGCUUGUGGGAGAGUAUGGUCUUCGGUGCAAGAGGGAAUUAUGGAGAGUUCAAUAUGCAUUGAGUCGCAUUCGUAACAACGCUAGGAUGCUUCUCACCCUUGAUGAGAAAAACCCUCGCCGAAUCUUUGAAGGUGAUGCUCUUCUAAGGAGGAUGAACCGUUAUGGUCUUCUUGACGAGAGUCAAAAUAAGCUUGAUUAUGUUCUUGCCUUGACUGUUGAAAACUUCCUUGAGCGUCGUCUCCAAACCCUUGUUUUCAAAUCCGGUAUGGCCAAGUCCAUCCACCAUGCCCGUGUCCUCAUUAGACAAAGGCAUAUCAGGGUUGGGAGGCAAGUUGUGAAUAUUGCUUCAUUCAUGGUGAAAGUUGAUUCACAGAAACACAUUGAUUUCUCGCUUACAAGCCCGUUCGGAGGAGGUCAACCCGGUAGGGUUAAGCGAAAGAAUCAGAAAGCUGCCGCCAAGAAAGCUGGUGGUGGUGGAGGAGAUGAAGAAGAUGAAGAAUAAAUGUAUGUUGAAUGAACCAACCAAUUUUAUCUGUUUUGCUAUUACUACUCUAUUUCAUUAUUCUGUUUUAAGACCUUUUUUUGGUUGUUUCAUGCUUUUGUUUUGGUUAGGGUUUUCUCAUAAAUUCCUAAUUUAGAUAUUAAACCUUGGUUAUGACUCAUUUGAGAAAUUUUGUUUUAAGAUAUUUAUUUGCUAU